AUGAUGAUUAUUCCCAAGGUUUUAGGCCUUUCGGUCACCGUUUUUGUUGACAAAGACCCCGCUACCGAAUACACUUGUCUUCACCGGACAUCGAGAACUGCCGGUUCUGAACCAUGCAAGGGCAUUCCCACCGAACAAUGCUAUAUCGAGUCCAAGGCAGUCAGCACCUACUUCAUCCAAUACAGAAUAUCACCGACCUUUAAGCUUCCUGAAAACGCAAACCACUUAGCCUUUGACCUUUACGUUGAUGGAAAAUUCUUUGUUGGUAAAUCUGUGCACAGGGAUAGUUUGAAGGGCACGAACGACUAUAUCGGUAGUAUUUCCUAUCGUCUCACUACGGCAGAAAACGGUACAUCUUACUCCGAACGUCUGACCUUCCAGAACUUAUCAUCCAACGAGAAAGCUGAUUGCAAGACAACCGACCGCGACAUCAAGCGUUUACCUUUCGUGGGGGAGAUCCGGGUAGCGGUAUCGUUCGCGAAACAAACAGAGUCCAAGACAGGCCAUGAAAAUAGAAGAGUUAACGCAAACGAACCUUCACUCGUCUUCUCCCAAAAAGCUCGUGUCCGCAGCGAUCCUGCUGUCCGUCAUGGGACUCGCUGCAAGCGUAUCAGAAACGCCAGAACUCCCAAGGUGCGCAAUAUUAAACUCACGCCUCAAUGCUGCGCUGGAGACUAUCACUUCUACUAUCGACCUUAUGAUGCGCUUGUCAGCCAGGGUGUUAUCCCGUACGGUUCUCGUCAUAUUUGCCAAUCGUACCUUUCUUUUGAAGGCAUCAAAUAUCCUUGUAAAAUACGUAGUGAUGGCGGGCUUGAGAUUGAUUUGACCGGCGAGAAUUAA